ACUCUCCUCCGAGUUGUGCGAGCCAUGUCUUUCAUUGACUCAAAAGCUGCGUUCGAGCAACGUUGCAAUGAGCUGAGCGCACCUGCAGGAUUGUAUGACCUUUUGAUUGCCCAACAGGUUGAUACAUUUUCGUCUCUUGCAUAUGCCAUUGCUACACCAAAUCGUUCGCCGACUGACAUGGAGUUUGACACCUUUGCAAAUCAAGUGUUUGGAUCUCCCACGUUGGGACAGAUGAGUUUGCUUAGAAGGAUUCAUUUCGAAUCUUGCACUUUCAUUUUGCAACACUUGAAGUCUCAGGUGGCAGGCGACACUCAGGAUGGUAUUCGAAAUUUACCUUUUGCAGAGAAACAGGCGAGGUUUGAAGCAGCUCGUACAAAACUCAGUGGCUUCAUCAUUCAAGGAGAGACUGAACCUUCAUUUGCACUGAUUGACAAGUGUCAAGCUAUGUAUGAUUCUGGAGCUGUGACGUGGAUACCUCCUUCUGCAUGUACCAAACGUGAUCUGGAGAUUCAAGCUGCUCCAAAGGAUUCUGCACAGGUUGUGAGGAUUGAGGCGCAGACCUUGAAGGUUGACACAGAGUCUCAGAAGAUUGGGGAUGCUGACCAUGGUUCUGAAAUUAAGUUACAGUGGUGCUUGCAGCGCAAAGGGAUUGCAUUGGAAAUGUGCAAUUUGAUUUCGUGGAAUUUGUCGCAGGAAUGGAUUGCCAACUUGUUCAAUGUAUAUUCCACAGAUCCUCCUCCAGGUUUCGGCAGAAUCAGUUUGCAGCAACUGAUUAGAGCAGACAAGGAGUUGUGGACUUUGAUGGCAAGAACUGCUACAACCAUCAAACCGGACGGGGCUGGCAAACGACCCUUGGAUGAGGUAAUGUCACGUGUCACAAUGCAUUUGUUGGCACUACCUCACAGGGCUGCAUCAUCCACUCAGAACCAUUCCGAACCGAGCGACAACAAGAGACACUCGCAAUCUUCUAACAGCAAUGCGGCAAAGCAGGCUCCAAAGAAGAAGAUGAGACCAGGACGCAACCAACGAACUAAACCGACGCCUCCUGCUGAGUUGAAGGAUUGUUAUCAGACCACCAGUGAUGGCAAACCAAUUUGUUGGGCAUACAACUUGGCUCAGGGAUGCUCGUUGGGCACUUCAGGAAAUCCACCGUCGUGUUCGAAAGGUUGCCAUGUGUGUGCAUUCUGCCGCAAGAUUGGGCAUUCAUUUCAAGUACAUGCGCCAACAGAUCAUGACGAAGUUUGGCGAGCUACACAUAGCACUACUAGCUCUUUCGAAGAUAAGCUGGUUAUCGAAAUUUUUGCCGGGACAGGUAACUUGUCAGCGGCAAUCAGACGAAUUGGAAUGCGAAGCGUUGCAAUUGACAAGUCAGGGGCUCGAACCAAGGGCCCACUUACAGUGCUGGAUUUGACAGAUGAAAGCAAUGUCAAACUGCUCAAGGAGUAUAUCUACCAAGAGCGGUACAACAUUGAAUUGGUCCACGUUGCGCCGCCAUGCGGUACAUGUUCAGCGGCCAGGAAGAUUGUUCGACAAGAUUUAUUAGACCAAGGUUUCGAGCUGCCGAGACCGCUGCGGGAUGAAGAACACCCCAUGGGAUUGCCGGAUUUGGCUGGGCUAGACCUCCACAAAGUUCGACUUGCCAAUCAGUUGUACGAGGCCACGUAUGACUUGAUCAAGUUUUGCUUGUCCCUGGGUAUACGCACAAGCCUGGAAAAUCCCACCAACAGUUUGUUCUGGAAAACUUCACCAAUUGUGAAACUAUUGGAGGAACACUAUGGACACCACAACGUUUUCCACAACUGCAUGAUGGGUGGCAAACGAGACAAAUCAACAACUUGGUGGCGCAAUGAUGAUUUCUUCUCCUCGUUCAACAUACUUUGUACACGUGACCAUCAACAUGCAAAAUGGCAGCCCACUAUUCUGCGGGGUUCAAAGCUGCAUUUUCCAACUUCCGAAGAAGCGGAAUAUCCAUGCGAACGGGUGGCCAUGUUAAUCAAGCAAUCUCUGGCUGAUCGUAACAUCUAUCCGGUGGAGACCAUGGAAGAGCAACUCGCACAUAGGAGAACCACUGCUAUCAACACAGUUGCAAUGGGCAUACUCCCUCGUGGACAGACACCUGAAGACUUUCUUGAACAUGCGCUGAAAGUUCGUCACCCGAGGUUUCUUCCUUACCCAGCAACUGGUGCUGCGCAUGACUUGUUGGACAAGAAUAUUUAUUGUCCUGCUGGUAAGUUGGUGACAUUGCGGAACGAAUUCUUCAAAGUUUGGGUGACUAAAGCUGGCCAGUUGGCAGACGAUGAGAAGAGGUUGCAUGAUUCGAUGGAACCUCACGUGAGAAAAGUGUUACAUGGUAAACGUCUCCUGGUCCUGCGUGACAUCCUCCAAGAGCUACAAUUUCCUGACGAGAAGUUGUUUGAAGACUUGAUUGUGGGCUUCAGACUCACUGGAUGGAUGAGAGAUUCUGGAUGCUUUUUGUCCAUACCAAGGCCUCCUACCUUAACAUUGGAUGGUGUGAAACGCCUCAACAAAGGUCUGCUGAGUGCUACUUUGAAGCGUGUCGAGCAACAAGCAGUGGACAAACUUUCUAUGGCGGCUUGGGAUGAAACCCUCAAAGAGCUUGACAGAAGUUGGAUUUGGGAAGACUCGUCCACUACUCUUGUUGGCAAGGUGAUCGCACAUCGCUUUGGUCUGGAACAGAAGGACAAGGUGAGAGUGAUAGAUAAUUUUAAACAAUGCGGGUUGAACGACACUUGUGGACUGCCUGAGAAAUAUGUUCUGCAUGGAGUGGAUUAUAUAGCCGCGACCCUCAUCCAUGGCAUGAAGUUACAUGGAGCUGGCUUUCCUUUCGAACUGCUUGGAAAGACGUUUGAUUUGUCUUCAGCUUACAAGCAGUAUCCAUUGCAUUCACAUGACAGGGAUUUGGUGAGGAUUGCGUUGAAGGACACGGAGACAGAUGCUUGCAGAGUGUUUGGGUUAAAUGCGCUACCAUUUGGCGCUACAGGUUCGGUGGCUGGGUUCUUGCGGAUCUCUAGUGCAAUUUUCUUCGUGUUGACUCAAGGCCUGCACAUUUGGUCAAGUGCUUUCUUCGAUGACUUCCCAACGUUGUCAGUUGCAGAUGCAAGUGCCAUGACAGACAAACACGUUGCCAUGUUGUUUGAUUUGUUGGGUGUAGAUUUUGCUCGAGAAGGGAAGAAGUGCGCCCAGUUUGGAUCUCAGAUGAAAGCAUUGGGAUUGGUCUUCGACUUAGAGCAAUUUUCAAGUGGCAAAGUUUACAUCAGACAUACUGCUGAAAGGAAGACAGAGUUACUUGACCGGCUCAAUGACAUCCUGGAAAGAAACGAGUUGUCGCCUAAAGAUGCUGAAUCGUUGAGAGGACGUCUUCACUGGUACGAAAGUUACUUGUUUGGUCGAACUGCAAACUUAGCCAUUCAUCAACUUGGGAAACGCAUAUCCGCUCCGUCAUGGACUACUUCACUUGGUAGCGAACUGGAGUCAGUGCUGAGGCUUCUCCGUGAUAGGGUGGUGAGUGGUCCUCCACUAAUCCUGCGUGCUGACAUGGAUACUCCACUUCUCAUAUUUACAGAUGGCGCAUGCGAAGGUGACGAACUCAAGACAGGAAGUGUCGGUGGGGUGCUGUAUUGUGGUAGUAACGCUCCUCUUCGCUACUUCAGCGGGAAAGUUCCAGCCCUGCUCAUGCAGGAUUUCUUGCAAGAGUCGAAGAACCCCAUUUACUUGAUUGAAAUGUUGGCAUGUUACAUUGCUUUCAAACUUUGGGGUUCUAGCAACUUGGGCUGCUAUGUGGUAUUGUAUCUCGACAACGAGGCUUCUCGGGGUGCAUUCAUCAAGGGCUACUCCACUACACGACGUGGCAACAUCAUUGUACAGUUGGUAGUUUCAUGUGAAGAUUCGUCUCAGUGGAAAGCGUGGUAGGGACGCGUGCCAACUGCUUCCAACAUGUCCGAUGCUCCUAGCAGACAUGACACCGCUAAAUUAGACCAAGCAGGAGUGCCGAGAGACGACAUCUCUUGGGGCCAGAUCAUCCUGGCAUACCAGCACCAGCAACAUGUACUUUGGGGGUGAGGCGAAUGUAGCUGGCACUGUGGUAAACCCAAGUGCUUGGCUUCUUCUACUUUUAAUUUCCUCGUGGUGAAGCCAGAGGAUUUAGACGCCUUGACGAUCCCCAUUUAGCACAACA